ACAUCACCAACAUGCUGCUGUUUGUGGGUGGAGCUACGCGUUAGCUACUUCCGGUUAAGGUCAACCUUCUGAUCGCGUCCUGAAAUGUUAACUAUGUGGACACUUCAUCGUGAUUAAGUUUAAGUCAAACUAAGGAUGGCGAUUUUCCGUAUUCCCACUCCCCGACAGUUUCAGAAAACACGUUUGGCUGUGCAGACAGUGAAGAAAUUAUGGAAUUUAAAUUUGGACUCUCAGACAGUUGGCCUUUGUGGCUUCUCUGGUGCUGGUUCUUUGUGUAAAUUGGAAGAACUGCAUGUUUCAAAUGAAAAGCCUCCACAUGUUCCUGCAAUGCUCAAAGAAGUACUUCAACACUUGGACAUCCACCCAGGCCAAGUGGUCCUCGACAUGACGUUUGGUGGUGGUGGUCAUACCAAGGCAAUACUUGAAGCAGUUUCUGACGUUACAGUCCUGGCCUUAGACCGGGAUCCCAUGGCAAUUCACCUCGCCCAAGAGUUAGCCAAGGAAAACCCUGGCCGAAUAAAACCAUUACUUGGACUAUUCAGCGAGCUUGAAGCCCUGCUCGCUAGCAUCCAUGUUAAAGCAGGCAGUAUCGAUGCCAUACUGUUGGAUGCUGGCUGUUCUUCCAUGCAAUUGGAUCAUGCAGAAAGAGGCUUCUCACUCAGCAAAGAUGGGCCCUUGGACAUGAGAAUGGAUGGAGAAAGGUUCUCCGACAUGCCCUGUGCUGCUGACGUGGUGAAUACCUUAGAUCAACAGGCUCUUGCCUCUAUCCUCAGUGCAUAUGGUGAGGAGAGACACGCCAGGAAAAUAGCUUCAGCUAUUGUGGAAGCACGGCGUGUCAACCCCAUCACCCGGACACAGCAGCUUGCAAGUGUAGUAGCAGAAUCUUUUCCUGCAGCUGCUAUCUAUGCUCGGAAGGACAAACUCCACCGACCUGCACAUGUAGCCACAAAGACAUUUCAGGCUCUGCGCAUUUUUGUGAAUGAUGAGUUGAACCAACUUCAUGCUGGUCUACGCGCUGCCCAGACAGCACUGAGAUCUGGAGGACGUCUCUGCAUCAUCACGUUUCACUCUCUAGAAGACCGACUGGUCAAGCGCUUCCUUCAGGGUGAUGAUUUGUCUCAUUUAGAAAAGGAUCACUUUGGCCUGGCGAAGAAAGGUACAGGAAAGGACAAAUUGGCUGGGACUAAAAAGGAUAUAGCAAGUGCUUAUUGGCGUCCUUUGUUAAAAAAAGUGAUCACACCAAACAAGGAUGACGUCAAAGAAAACGCCCGUGCACGCUCUGCAAAACUUAGGGUAGCACUCAGGUGUUAGUUAUGUUUUUUUUAUUUUUGUGUCUUUGUUUUUACAAUUUAAUGUGAAGGUUUCGCUGUAUAGGAUGUAUCGUAUUUUCAAUCAUCAACAAUCACAUUUAAAAAUAAAGGUCAGUUCAAACAAACAGUUCUAAAAAGAUUUGAUAAAAAUGUAUAUAAAAGUUAAAUAUUGUACAACUGAACUGUGCUGAACAAAUGUUCCGUACUGGAUUCAAAGUUGAAGUUGCUGUUAUAAAGUUUGAACAUCUCA